UUUUUUGAUCUAGAGCCACGUCGAACGAUUGUUAAACACUCUUCCUGAACCCAUCAAAUUCGUACAUCCUCUCGAACUCAUUCCCCUCAAUUCAAAUGAGUAUUUUCGACGCAUUUCAAUAUGAGAGCCGCGGAAUUGAGCGUUGAUUGAAAAAUGGGGCGAUUACAACGAUGUGGAUCCUCCUACUGUUUUCAAGGUACCCGAACCAUCGCUCCAAAGUGGUCCAGUUCCACUGCUGGUGCUCCGAUGGUGUAGUGCGUAGAGUACUGUCGCUUAUAUGGUGCCGCAGUUAUGGUGAAAGUCCAGCGAACCGAAGAUACCGGAGAGACAAAAAAGGAUGGAUCAUCCACGUCAUCCACUCAAAAGAUCAACUAUGCCGAAGAUUCGCAGAUGGAAAUCGUGGGUUUUAGACUCAACAAAUUCAAGAAUUACUCGACUCAUUUCAUGUAUUUCUUGACCCUCGGCCUCCUGAGGUUGUUCUUCCAUUGGUACCCCCAUUUGAAACUCUAUUCAACGUAUUCCAAGUGCAACUUAGAAAUGGCUCAAAAAGUGUUGAUUAUUGAUACGUACAAAUCGAAAUUCAAAACGUAUUUCGUGAAGGACAUCAACACUAGACAAGUAGAAGGGAACAGUAAAGAAGAUUGCCAAGGCAUUAAAGACGGUCUCUCAACCCACAAAUACACAUUAACAGCGCACUUAGAAAAUGGAAAAACCCUAGAAUUAAAAGAAAUACGAACAAUCAGAUGCAAGAAGAUGGUUUACAUCUGGGAUUCCAAAGAAAAACUAUUCUCCCGAAUGGUAGGACUGGAUCAGGGGUUGUUAAACUCCGAUCUACAUCUACAGGGUGGAUUAACGAAAACCGAGCAAGACUUGAAGAGGGCCAUUUAUGGCAGCAACGAGAUAAAUAUACCGGUGCAGAGCAUCCUGACCCUCUUCGUCUUGGAAGCCUUGACCCCCUUCUACAUAUUCCAAGUUUUCAGCGUCCUGUUGUGGGUGGCUGAAUCGUACUUUUAUUACGGGGUGGCCAUCGUCAUCAUGUCAAUUUAUGGCAUAUCCUCCUCCAUCAUACAAACGAGAACUAAUCAAAAGAACCUCAAGGGUAAAGUGUUCACCGAAGACACCGUGACAGUGUGUAGGGGCGGCAAUAAUUUCGAGGACAUAAAAACCACCAAUCUGGUACCUGGGGACCUCAUUGCCAUACCUUCGGAAGGGUGCAAGAUGCCAUGUGACGCCGUUUUGCUGAGGGGGAACUGCAUAGUCAACGAGAGCAUGUUGACUGGAGAAUCAGUUCCAGUCCAUAAAACACCCUUGGGAAAUAACAACAACUGUUACAGGGUCAAGGAAGAUUCAAACCACACCCUAUUUUGCGGAACCGCCGUCUUACAAACUAAAUUCUGCGGUUACAGGGAGACCCUGGCCGUGGUUAUACGUACGGGGUACCUAACAACGAAAGGGGAACUUGUCAGGAGUAUUUUAUACCCACCCCCGGCUGAUUUCAAAUUCGACCAAGACAGCUACAAGUUCAUCGGUAUACUCAGCGUUAUAGCUCUGCUAGGCUUCGUUUACACCGUGGUUACCAAGCUUUCCAGGAAGUUACCCUUCAUCGACAUAGCCAUCAAAGCGUUGGACUUGGUCACCAUAGCCAUACCACCGGCUCUCCCCAUAGCUAUGACUGUUGGUAAACUGUACGCGAUCGACAGGCUGAAAAAACGGAACAUCUACUGUAUAAACUCGAGGGUUAUCAACGUAUCUGGAUCGGUAAAUUGCGCAUGUUUCGAUAAGACAGGAACUUUGACAGAGGAUGAGCUGGAUAUGUGGGGGGUUCUACCGGUGACUGGGGGUUCUUUCGGUGUCCCAGUCAAAGGGGUGGAUUCAAUGGGGGUAGAAACAUCGAUUUUUAAAGGUAUGCUCACCUGUCACACUUUGAGCCUCAUCGAUGGUAAAUUAUGUGGGUACCCGUUGGAUUUGAAGAUGUUCAAUUCCACCGGUUGGGAGUACCAAGAACCUAGUCGAGAUGAUUGUGAGGGGGAAACAUUGAUACCCGAAGCCAUAAUUCAACCAAAUCCUACAUCGAACGAUAAAAUCGAAAUAUACAGCCAGUUUCCCUUCAUUUCGUCCCUACAAAGAUCCAGCGUUAUAUGUAGGGACAGUUUGGAACCUUCGAACUUUGAAGUGUUUUGUAAGGGGUCUCCGGAAUCUAUUGUGAUGUUAUCAGAUCCAAAAACAGUGCCUGAAGAUAUUUUUUUACGAUUGAAACAAUUCACCACCAAAGGUUAUCGUGUAAUAGCAAUAGGUACCAAAAAAUUAGACGUAGACACAGACGAAGUGAUUAAAUUGACCAGGGAAGACAUCGAGCAAGACUUAACCUUCUCCGGAUUAAUAAUUUUAGAGAAUAAACUGAAGAAACAAACCACGGAAGCCAUAAAAACUUUAAAAGAUGCAGGAUUGAAGAUAACGAUGAUAACAGGGGACAACAUACAAACGGCUGUCAGUGUCGGUAAAGAAUGCGGAAUAGUCGAAAAAGACUCCCUUAUAGUAGAAGUGGCUGCCAUGAACUCUCCGAAAGAAGGUCCAAAAAUUAGGUACAAUUCAUUUGAUACAGAUGGCUACGUGAGUUCUUCAAAACGAUGAAAAUACUCUUGUUCCCCCGGUUAACUCACUAAAAUCCCAAUUUUAUUCCAGGAUAUCAAUGAGAUUAUGCAAAAAUCCUUGAAAAUGGAGGAUAUCGAAGCCCCCUACACAAAGUACCAGUUCGUGUUGACCGGUAAAACUUGGGGGAACAUCCUAGAACAUUUCCCGGAUAACAUCCCUCAUAUUGUAAGAAAAGGAGCUGUUUUUUCACGAAUGUCCUCCCAUCAGAAGCAACAACUCAUCGAGGAACUCAAGAAUUUGGGGUACUAUGUUGCCAUGUGCGGUGAUGGGGCCAACGACUGCGCAGCACUAAAAGCAGCCCACCUGGGGAUAUCCCUGUCGGAGACCGAAGCCAGCAUCGCGGCCCCCUUCACCUCCAAACACCCCAACAUAUCCUGCGUCUCCAUGAUAAUAAGGGAGGGUAGAGCGGCUUUAAUCACCUCCUUCGGAGUCUUCAAAUUUAUAGUUUGCGGGAGCUUAGCUGAGUUCUUCUGCACCAUCAUCUUGUACGGCAUAGAUUGCAACCUCUCCUCCAUGCAGUUCCUAUUCAUGGACAUCUUCCUCCAGCUGAAUCUAGCCACUUUCUUCGGGAACACAGAGGCUUGUCCGAAGCUCCACCACAAACCUCCUUUAACCUCUAUAUUAUCCUUCGUUCCCCUGAUGUCCAUGGUUUUAUUCAUGGUUUUAACGGUCGGUUUCCAAAUUUUCUCAUUUUACUUCGUUCGAACCUUCGAUUGGUACCAACCCUUCGUUUACAUCACCCACGUGACCGAUGUUAGUAGAUGCCAGGAGAAUUUCCCGAUUUUCGUCGUAUCCAUGUUCCAAUACAUAACGAUGGCCAUUUUAUUCUCCAAAGGUGAGCCUUAUCGACAACCGUUGUACACUAACAAGAAAUUCACUUUGGUCCUCGUGGUCACCACUUUAAUUUGCUGUUAUAUAACGUUGUUUCCGCCGUUUUGGGUGGUUAAAGUGAUGGAGAUUAACCUGCCUCCGGAGUUCGACAUCAGGAUCCAACUUUUGAUCAUGGCCGGGGUCAAUUUGGUCCUCGCCUUCCUGGUCGAGGAGAUCCUCAUCGAUCUGAUGGUGGAUAAGGUCGUUUACCCUUGGUUCAAGAGGUACCGGAGGUCUUUGAAGGGUGAGAGGGUCGAUUUUCCCAACGAUAAACAGACUGUGAUAAAAAAUGUUAAUGAGCGUAUAGUUAGUACAGGUAAUGGAAAAUUGGAGGAUAAAUGUAUCGUUACAAGAUGUUGAAUGAUAAUUAGUUGUAAAAAUUGAUGUAAAUACCGAAUAAAACAAUAAACCUCGAA